CUGCAAAGUCAACAACCAUUUCCCUUUCUUCCUUCCAUCACCACCACUUUCAUCCCAAGGAACCCAGAACCAGUCUCAGGUAUUAACAUCGGAGUAACCCAUCAAUCCACUAUGGGGUUUGCGUCGAAGAUCGCCAACGGUAUGAACCGCCCAGCCGACGGGAACACCAACAAGCCUGGUGGUGGUGGUGUGUAUGGAGGAGCACCACCCACUGGCUACACUGGAGGACCUCCAAGCUCGCUGCAGCCUGGAGGAGCACCCGGUGGAUAUCAACCACAGCAGAUUCCUCAGCAGCAACAGGGUCAGCAGUAUCAGGCUUACUCAGGCUCGCCUGCUCCCGCUGGUGGUCCGGUAAGCUGAAAAUUUCCUUAGCUGUUCUUUCUUUACUUCUUUCUUGAGUUGCUCUUUUCCCAACCCCCCUCCCUCCCGGAGUUUCCUACCCAUCAAUCACCAUCGAAUGAACGAGAGCCGGGAAACAACUCCACCAUCUUCCU